CUCAAACAAAGGGUGGAAGGAGCGGUGGUGCUAUGUCAAGCUAGACCAGAGUCCAUUCGCGAGGGAGUUGCGAAACCGAUUCAGGCGACAUGAGAAGGUGAUGAACGCCGCCCUCGAGAAAGAUGGCCUUAUACUCGCCAAGAUCCCGGAGGGGAGUAAUAAGAACGUGGCGAUCAAGGAGUGCACCCUCGAGAAGGAUUUGCCUGCUCUCGGGUUCUGACGGUACCGUUUUCCGGAGGAAACAGAUGAAAAGUACCCAAUCUUGGAUAGGGCCUUCGGGGGAGCGGGAGGUAAUAACCGAGGGCUUUGCAUUUUGUACUUAGGAUUUUUUGGUUGUGUUUUCUUUUGUAUUUCCGACCCCUCGGUCUUAAAUUUUUCCUUGUUAUGUUGCAGGUGCAAAUAUGAAUGCGGAUGCCCUCUUUUCUAUGAAGAAGAAGAAGAGCCAGGCCCAGCCUAAGAAGAAGCCCUCGGGCCAAAAGCCCGUAGAGGCUUUUUUCCAGAAGGAUGUGGAGCCUUCUGCUGCUUCCGCUGCCGCUGCCGCCGAAGGAGUCAGGGAACCCCCGACCGAUGUGGCCACGAAGAAGAAGAAGGCCGGGAAAGGGGAAAGCCCUCCGACCAAGAAGCAGAAGAAUGUUGGGGACGUCGCUGAGAAGGCGGCCCCCAUAGUGAUCAUCGAGGAGCAAUCAUCCUCUGAGUCCCCGGUCGCUGGUGUGCUGACGGCUCCUUCCGACCUCCCUAGGGAGAGCUUGCAGAUUCCCCUCAUCAAGGGGACCGCCGUGAUGCACAACACGAUUGAGCCGAGGGCUUUCUUGGGAAGCAUAACCUCGCCCCUGGACAGGAGGGCCCUCGAGACAUAUGACGACGAGGCCCUUGAGAAUAAGAUCCUCCGGUCUUCGCUCACUGCUUGCAUAGCCCUCGGUGAGCAAGCGCGGAGGUUGGAGGCAUGGCGCCUUCAUAAGGCCGAACAGGAGGAGACCCGGAAGAAACUCAUUCACGAUAAAGAUGCCUCCCUUCGGGAGACGUGCAUGCUAGAGGAGGCCCUUCGGCAAAUGGAGCUGAAGCUAGAGGCAGUCAGAAUGGAGGCCCGGGCCGAGGGGAAAGCUGAAGCUGAGAUGGCUGCCGCGAAGGACGCGAAGAAAGCUGAUGUCGAGGCGGAGAAGGCAAAACUCGAGGCCGUGGCUGCAGUCGAGAGAGCUGCUGUUGAUGCCUUCGUCGCCGAGGGCUGGGAGGCUGCUGAGAGGGAAGAAUGGGUCUCCUCUGUGGUGUAGAAGAAGAUAGAUGCCUAGGUUGAAGGCCCUGGUAAGGAAUGGUUGGCCGAGAGAGGCGACUGCUACUACCAGGGGGUGAGUUCUUCACCCAGCAUCUAAUCUACCGGAGGCUUGCCAGGCACUUCGGGAUCUCCCUCGAGCAGUUUGACCCGUCGGUAUAUGGCCUACCCCCAUUGCAGCCGGACGUGAGAGUUCCCCUCCCCCCGGGCGAAGAGAGGUCAGUGAUCAAUGAUUCAAUGAUGAUGAGGGGAUCCGGCGAUGGUGACGCUGAUGAUGCCGUC